AUGUCUCAUCUUCAGCACCUUCAAAUACAAAGGCUUCGGCGAGCGAGUUCGGAGAUCAUACACUACAGCCAAGCCGUCCGAAUCGGCGAUCGCAUCGAGAUUUACGGGCAAGGCGGUUGGGAUCGCACCACAGAGAGUAUUCCGAGUGACAUUGACAAACAAAUCGACCUAGCAUUUGCAAAUGUGGAGCAUACGUCGCAGAACGCAGGCUGA